GUAAUUUUCAAAUAAUUAUAUAAAGAUGGACCAUGGAAAUAAUUGUGAUCACUCUAACUGCUCUCAUGCAAAUGCAUCGGUUACUCAAACAUUAUCAGAAAUGCAUUGGGAGAGGGGCUUGUGGUAUGCAGCCUUCUAUGGGGAUGAAGAGAGAGUUAGAUCUCUGAUUGCUAAGGCAGACAAUGCCAAAGGAAUAGUUAACACACCAGAUAACUCUGGAUAUACACCAUUGCACUACGCUGCACGUAAAGGACAUGUGGAUAUUUGUAAGAUAUUACUGCAAAAUGGAGCACUGAUUGAUGCAAAAACUAAGAGUGGACAAGCUACACCCCUUCUCAAAGCUGCUGCUGCAGGUAAAAUUGAAGCAAUUAAAUUUCUUAUUCACUCUGGGGCUUGUGUUGAUGAAAAAGAUGCCGAUGGGCAAACCAUUCUUCAUAAAGCAGUAGAAAACAAGCACUUUGCUCUAGUGAAUUUUUUGAUGGAGACAUAUCCUAAACUGAGCACCAUGCAGGACAUUAAAGGUAAUUGUCCAUCUGAUUAUAUGUCUGGCUCUAAGGAGUGAUUUACGAAAAAUGGCUUAAACAUAUUAAUCAUUAUACACCUAAUACUAGAUUAUAUUUCUAGUGAAGUGUUUAUUGUUACAAUAUUGGAAUUAAUUUAUCCUUAGAUUUAUUUGCAUUAUUAAAUUUGCCUAAAUAGAAUGUUAUUGUAUGUAUAUUAGGUAUCUUUUUAAAUGUGCUUUAUCUUUUGCUGUUAUUAAUAUUUAAAAAUGUUUAUUUUAUGUUAACAUUCCCAAUUUUUUACUUUUGUUUUGUCAAAUUUAGUAGUAGCGAACUUGAUAUCUAAUUGUGAUUAAAAUAAGUUAAAAGUUGCCAUUAGAGGUAUUCACUUAAAAAGAGUAUUUGUCUAAAGUAGUAUUUAUAUUUAACUAUUUUAACACUACUUAUUCCAUAAUAAUUUAGUCACUAAUCACAAUUUUGAAAAUAUGAUGUUUAUGAUAGACAAAAUAAUGAAUUUUAGUAAUUAUAAAUGGUAACACAAAAGAAUAUUGUUACUAUUAUCAUUUUUUUGUGAACUAACACGUAAGUUAACAUUUUUAGUCUAUAAUAAUCUGGAUGGCUCACGUUUUUACCAAAACUUUUAUAUAUUUUGGAAUUUUGAUAAUUGUGGGUAGUUAAUUAAAACUCACCAAUUUCGUAUAUAUGUACAU